UGAUAUUCAUACUAAGGUUAAUGAUCGUAAAACAUAUGGGAUGAUCAAUGGAUUGUCAAAAAAAGCAAUACAAACUGGAAUAGAUGCUGGUUCUGGUGCAAUUAAGGAGCUCGAAGAAUUUAUGAAUGAGUUUAUCACCAGAUAUGCGUCAAAAAAAAAAGAAAACCUAAUUUGUAGAAAGAAUAUAAGGGAACAGGAUGAGGAUGAGGAUGAAGUUAGCUCAAGUUGUAGUUCUAAUGGUAAGGAUUUUAUUGCGAUUGAAAAUCUGAUAGUCUAUUCAAAAAAGGGUACUCCAAGAAAAAAGCGAAUCAAAAAAUCAUAUGAAAUUGAAAGCAAAAGCAAAUUUAGCACUAAGCAAAAUUCAAAAUUUCGAAAGACAAAAAAACCGACUCAAUGUUAG